AUUUGCAAACCACUCAAAAAGUCUUGUUUCAAGGCCAAAGCCUAGUCUGCCUCUUAACCUAUAUUGUUUUUCCGACAUCUUCUGCUCCCUCCUUUCCGUUCGACUGUCCUUCACUAUGAGGAAAAACAACUGUCAAUCAGUAUCCUGUGCACAAGUGCUUCUUCCUUGUACCUGUAUUCUCAGCUCUUGGAGUCAUUGUACAUGUCUUGUUUUGUAGGUGUGUACACGCAUAACUCAUCCACACAGGCAGGCAAUGAAACGCUUGCACGAAGAGUUUGUGUAUUUUUAAAGGCAUUGUUUCGUCCGAUAGCGUAUUUAGUUUCAUGUUCAGAUUAUAAAUACGCUCACGUGUUACACCUGUGACGUGGUGUGUUCAGUGGCAGCAAGAUAUUUUCCUCAUCCGUCACUGUGGUGUGUUUGGCCUCAAAGGUCAGUCUGUGUGAAGACAAAGGCUCAGAGUGACCAGUAGGAUUAUCACUUUUAAAGGUAUCAACCUUGACGGGGCCCAGACGCCUGAUCUAUUAAAUUGCAGCUCAUAUUGUCUGCGGGCGACGCAGAGAGACAGGUGCUGGUGCCAAGGUAAACAUGUCUGGAGGAAGAGGAGGCAAGUGACAAAUCCAUUAAAAAUACAUCUGUUUUAUAAAAAUCGAGCCAGUGUCUUCCCGGAUGAGUCCAGGCUCAGGAACGUUAUGUUUAAAACCAUUAUCUGACUGGAGCUCGUCCAUCUCUACCAGCACCAGCUCUGCUUCAAACUAUCAGUGAAGGAGUCUUCCGUGUUUGGCUAACAGAACAGGUCACCACCCGCCUUUCCAUCCAAUGCUGUGUUUAAAUAUGAGACGGGUGUGACAGCUGUUAUGAAUCCAGACAUACACACUGUUGCAUGUAUAUGUUUAGGUCAGUCCCGGGGCAAAUAAAAGGAGCAAAUACAUCUCAGCAUUUGUUUUAACCUACUUAGAGUACAGCUGACAGUCUCAGUACAGUUUCUUGCUGAGAUUUAUGUUUGUGUGCUAAGUACUGAGCUGUUACCUGGAGCUAAUCACUGGGCCAAGAUGUUGGCAAGGAAUAGUUAGCGUUAGCAUAUAACUCCACAUAAAACCACAACUUUUUGUUUUUACUUUACUGUUUAUGUAGGAUUAAACAAACAAGAACGUGAUUAUUAGUUCACUUUCAUGGAGUCGAUAGGCAACACUUUAAAUGCGGGAAUCACUUUCUGUGGAUGAGAGAUGGAAUCUGUGCUGUGAUACGUGAAUGUUGAGACAGGCUGAACAUAAAUGGGGUAAAGCUCAACUGGAGGGUAACUGUACAUUGAUGGGAGAGGAGUCAGGCUCCAACUGGGUGAGGGUCUGCAGAUUUCGCCAACGAUGGACAGCAACAACUCCCACACUCUGUUCUCCGAGGAGCGGCAGCUCAUCUACGCCAUCACCAUACCACUUUCGACCUCCAUCAUCCUGUCCAACCUCUUCAUCAUCUUUGGCAUCGCCUGGAACCGCCAGCUCCACAACACGCCCAACUACUUCUUCCUCAGCCUAUUAGUGGCUGAUUUGUGCACGGGCAUGGCACUCCCUUUUAUACCGUUGAUGGGUCUGAACCGGGAGUUAAGUUUUACUUCUUGCCUUGGGGCUCACAUCUUCCCAAACUUCCUCUUCCUGGCGUUCCUUCUCAACCUGGUAAUGGUCCACUAUGAGCGCUACAUUUGCAUUGUUGACCCCCUUCAUUACAGUAACUUGUGGAUGCAUCGCAGUUUUCCUCUAGCGUUGCUUGUGGUGUGGGCGCCACCACUUUUAUACGCAUCACUACCUGCUUUUGGGUGGAAUAACUGGACAGGGCCAGAUUGGAACAGCUGUUGUGAAAAUGGCCAAACAUUUUCAAACUGUUCAACAAACAGUACCACCUGCUGCUCGUACAGGCGAGUGUUCCCCAAUGCUUUCAUCUACUUGGAGGUGUAUGGACUCGUCUUACCUGCGAUUCUCACCAUCGCUGGUAUGACUGGCCGCGUUCUGUGGAUCACCCGUGGCCAGCUGAAGGACAUUUGUCGUCUCCAUCGUUCUGUGGAGCGGGGAAGUCAGGCCUCAGACCGGGAGCACAGGCUGAACCUGCGGUACACUCGCUGCGUAGUGGCCGUGUCACUAACGUUUCUCGCAUGCUGGGUUCCCUAUCUCAUUUACAUGCAUGUCUGCAUAGCCUUCCUGAUAAGUGACACCAAGUGGAGCUCCACCACUCACAUCGUGCUCUCUUGCACCGGUAUUGGAAGCAUGGCUGUGGUGCCGCUGGUGCUCGGCCUCGCGAACAGGCAGUACACGGAGCCUGCACGCAAACUUCUGCAGAAACUCAGAGACAGGUGGAGGCGAAGGACACAGGGAUCAGACGAGGUUGCAGUCUAAAAUGAAUCUGAACAUUUAUGAAGAUGAAUCAGCAGGAAAUAAUGCAGCUGGAUGGACUGCAUGUCAAUAUUGACUAAGGCCACCAUGAAGAAAGAUUUGCAUUGAUUUCUCUCACAGUUUAUUUAUCAAUGUUUUACCGCCACCUCACUGUUUUUCAUAAUUUUUCAAUGCAGCUCUCUGUUUAUCGCUACAUUUGCAUAAUUUAUCUGACAAUUUUACUGUAUCUGCAGACAUAAUUGAAAAAAUGUGGACUUGUGCUGUUUACAGGACAACUUUAAAGCCAAAUAUUGUCUCAAACAAGAGUCUACAGGCCUGCUAAUUAGACAAAGUACAGCAUGAGGCUGAUGGGAAUAUCAUUAGUUUUGCAGGUAUUUAGUCAUAAAUCAAAUUAUUUGACUAUGAAAGGUUAAGAGAUUACAAAAGAUAUUACACUUCAUCCCGAGGGCAACAUUAAUGUGUGUACAAAAUUUCAUGGUAAUCCAUCCAAUAGCUGUCAAGACAUUUCGCGAAAAAACAGAAAUGUCAACCUCAUUGUGGUGCUAGAGGAGAAGUCAAGGGACAACUAAAGUCAGUAGGGUUCAUCCUCUGGGAACCAUUAAUGUUUAUACAAAAAUUCAUGGCAAUAAAUCUGAUAGUCGUUGAGAUAUUUUGGUAUGAUCGGGUGAGCCAACUGACCCAGAGCCACACCGUUAAUAUGUGUCAUGAAGAAGGCUUCCUUUGAAAGCUGGAACCUAAUUCUUCCUAUGAUAAACAUUAUGACGUAAGGUUUACGAAAAACUUAUCAGCGGAAUAUAGCUCAAAGAUGAAUAGUAUAUCCCUGUUUCUUUUUGUGCUGCCUGCUCUGAACAUCAAUUUAGCCAGUUGCAGAGUUUCUCCAUCUGUCACCCCCUGCCUGCAGUGUUUAUUCCUACUUUCCUCAGCAGUGUUUAUCUAUAUACUGGUAUGUGAGCUGAAGAGGGGAGAAGGAUGUAUCACAGUCCAUAAAUCAUCUGCAAGACACGGGAAAAUUAGGGCUUCAGCGAGAGCACACAAGGAGGAAACAUUAGCCGUAAGCCGUAUUUGCAUGCUGGAAAAUAGGGAAUCUGUUUAAAGUUGGGAAAAAAAAUCUACAAAGAUUUUGGAUAUAUGAAUAAAUGUAACAGGAAUGUGAAAUACUGUAAAAGUGUGCUUGUGUUUUAGGGAAACUUCAAAAUACUUGUAUUUGAAGACUAAAAGUUGUCUUUGCUGUAAAGAUCCUCUCCAUGGAAAUGAGAUUUUUAUUUGAGGCUUGAAUAAACACAGAAUAUA